CAGAUUUGCAGAGUUGCCUAUUGCGGGGCCCCGGACACGUUCACGUGACACAGAAGGGGGUCGGCUGUUAAUUGAGAACUGCUAUAUAUACCUGUACUGGCAACUGAACUCCGUUCAGUUGUUACAAUGACUUUUGUGGGGGCACUUUGGUCUGUAUUUUGCCAGGGGUACAGGCCUCGCCAAAUAACACGGCCGACUCCUGAUCGUGACAGAUAUUAAGCCAGCUAAUAUACUAAUUAACUCGGACGACCAACUUAAAAUCUGCGAUUUUGGCCUUGCGCGUUCUCCCCGAUCUGAGAAUAGCUCAAGUUUAACUGGGUCUGUUAUGGCUAGGGGAUAUCGCCCUCCAGAAGCGGUGUUGACACCCGGAGAAUGCACUCUAGCCGUUGAUAUAUGGUUCACAGGCUGUACUUUCGCCGAAAUGUUAAGUGGCAAGCCGCUUUUCCAGGGGUGGAAUCACGACCGCCUCCUCACCAAGAUUUUGAAUGUAUUGGGUAACCAAGACUACAUGUGGAUAAGAUCUGAAGAUUCUCGCAACGCUAUCAUGUCUAAUUACAAACCCGAGAGGAAGGUGCCUCUCAUGGACAAGGUUCCUAAAGCCUCAACUUCCGCCCUCGAUCUACUAAAGAAGCUCCUACAAUUCGACCCUACAAAACGUAUUAGGGCAGAAGAGGCCCUCAGGCACGAAUAUCUGAGGGAGUAUCACAAUCCGGAAAAUGAGCCAAGCGCAGCUCCACUACCUGAGAGCUCGGUUAAUUUUGAAAGUAUUGAAGAUAUGGAGAAGCUCAAGAAGGCGAUGUAUGAGGAGAUUAUGUCAUAUUUUCCCAGUUCAAGCACAACAGGUCGAGCCUAACUGCGGUUGCAAUGGAC